GUUCUUCAUAUUUUUCCCAUUACAGCGUGAACCGAUAUUUGUGCUAAUCAUCAUGCGGUUAAAUCUGAAGGCAGUUUUGUUAUUACUGACAGUAGCUGUGGUUGUUAUAACAUGUGCCGUUUAUAUGCGCUGUGCCGAAUUUACAUUUCCCCGAGACUUAGUUAGACAUUGGGAUCCCAAGCUAUAUGCCGUCGGAAGCAGUUUGGAUUUACUCAAUAAUAAUAUAGACGAUGGUGAUGGUGGUGCCGGUUCAAGUGACAAUUCCGUACCGUUACAGGACAUAAAGUGCCUCAUAAAUCAAGAGUAUACCAUUAAUUGUAAACGUGAUGAAGAGGCCCAUGAAAUCUAUGUGCCUUUUUCAUUUUUGCGCACCUAUUUUGAUAUAUCGGGGUCGAUGAGUAAUCCCUCAUCGCCACAGACAUUGGAGGUAAUGAAUAAUGAAAUUGGUGGUGGUGUUGUUGGUGCAGCAGGGGGUGGAGGCGGUGUUGCUGAACCACAAUUUCUAUGGAUGCAUAGUACGGCGAAAAUCAAUUUACCCAAAGCCAAGUAUGAUCCGCGGGGGCUAUUUAUGUAUUUUGAAAAUUAUAAUGUAGAGGCUCGAGAUCGUGUCAAGUGCAUAAGUGCCGCUGAGGGUGUACCAAUCAGUACCCAAUGGGAAAAGCGUGGCUAUUAUUAUCCCACACAAAUAGCACAGUUUGCAUUGUCACAUUAUAGUAAAAAUUUAAGUGAACCGGCACCAAGAAUAAAUAUCCUGGAAAAUGCCGAUGAAGUGCGUAACACCUGGCACAUACCGAAAAGCAGUAACCUCUCACGCAUAUGGCAUCCGAAAUUCAAUUCAACGGUCAUCCAAUAUGAAACAGCCGUUGAUUUUGAUAGUGCCAUUGUCCUGAAUAAUCUCAAUCAGGCCAUGGACAUGGUAUUAAGUGUCGAUUUGCUUUUAAUCACCAAUAGCAGUAGCCUCUUGGUCACCAUUGAAAAUCACGAAACCAAACGUACUUAUCGGCUACAUUAUAUACCAGCCGAUCUGUUGUUAAGUGUACAAGAUGAUAAUAUCUAUUAUGGACUGGGUGGCACACAAACACUUAAUAAAUGGCGCCAUUUGACGCGAGAUCUCCACAUAGACGUACAAAAGGGAUUGGCCGUAGAGGCUCCGAAAAAAUCAAUGGCCAGUAAAGUGAAACGUUCCGAUUUACGUGUCAUCUCUAUUGCAUUUAUGGGUAUUGGCUUUUUUGACAAUAUCUCCCUAUCGACCAGCAAUCAUUUGGCCCAUUUCUACGAUGCUGCCGAAUGGUUUGUCGGACAUCAAGACUUACGUACCGGUGGCUGGCCAAAUCCGGUGCGACGUAAUUUAAAUGGUUUUGCUGAGCUAAAACCUGGUUGGCUUUCGGCCAUGGGUCAAGGUCAUGCCAUUUCCGUGUUGGCUCGUGCAUAUUGGCAUUCGGGUGAUAAACGUUAUUUGAAGGCGGCGACAUUGGGACUGCGACCGUAUAGUGUUUUAUCGAAAGAUGGUGGUGUGCUGGCACAAUUUAUGGAUAAAUAUAAUUGGUAUGAAGAAUAUCCAACAACGCCAGCUUCAUUUGUAUUAAACGGUUUCAUAUAUUCCCUAUUGGGCCUAUAUGAUCUAAAUUCCACGGCACCGUCCUAUAUUGCCAAGGAGGCUGGCAAACUUUUCGAUCAAGGAAUGUUGUCGCUAAAGAAAAUGUUACUACUCUAUGAUACGGGUUCCGGAACCAGCUAUGAUUUACGACAUUUAAGUUUAGGUGUGGCGCCCAAUUUGGCGCGAUGGGACUAUCAUGCAACCCAUGUCAAUCAGUUACUAUUGCUGGCCACCAUUGAUAGUGAUCCGAUUAUUGCACAAACUGCCGAACGUUGGAAGGGUUAUAUGUUCGGCAAACGAGCAAAACAUAAUUAA